AUGGAAGACGUAAAGCCGCAAGUUCCUGGAGUCAAGGCGGAACCGAUUGAUGUCGAUCUACAACCUCUCUCAAGCGAGCGCGAGGAUGAAGCCAAGUAUGAGCCAAUGACCGAGGAAGAGAUCAAAGCUGCAGUUGACCGGCUGCAGAAUAUAUGUGAAGAUUCUACUCUCUGCAUUGAUCUCAUUUUCAUGAUGUUCCGUACCACAGCCUCUCGCGAAAAUCAAGAGAGGUUCACAAUUUGA